UACGACCAUAUGGCGACCCUCACAGAAGAAAUUGCUUUUAUUUGGUGUCGUCCGAAAGCACUAUCUGCGAUGUUAUUUCUCGUAAAUCGCUAUGUCGCUCUGCUCGGCAAUAUAUGUGCGUUAGUUAUUGAUUUCCUGCCCAUGUCAGAUGAGAGCUGUUCGAAAUACACGCUAUUCAGACCAGUGUUCAUUUUUCUUCAACAGUUCAUCGUUUGCGUCGUAUUGGCAAUUCGCACCUAUGCUCUCUACAACUAUAGCAAGCGGCUACUUAAGUGGAUGAUAAUCAUCGCCCUUGCUCUUGCGGGGGGAGUUUCUGCGGGAACUUUUGCAAAUUAUUCAAGCAAUGGAAACAUCUUGCUAGGAGUUGGCUGCUACGAAACAUAUACAGCACAGACAGCCGCCCGUUUCGGGCUGGCAUGGUUGACCGUAUUAGUUUUUGAAAUACUCAUCUUUGUCCUCACAGUGUACAGGAUUUGCAAAAUUAGAGGUUUGCCGCGGUUAUCUCUGGUCAGCAGGAGAGAUAUUCUUGAUAUCAUAUUUAGCGAUGGCGCGAUGUAUUUUGGAGCGAUGACACUGUCUAAUAUCCCGAACAUUCUGACGUACUAUGUGAGUCAAGGAAUGAAACACUGAUGAAGUCACGAAGCGCUCAUAGCUUGAAUCAGGUUGGACCAGAUAUCACCAGAGGCAGGAUGGCCACAUUUACUAGCUGCAUAUCUGUUACUCUCAUCUCUCGGCUGAUGCUUAACCUGCACAAAUCCGUUGAUGCUGGUAUUUGCUCCACCUCCGCCUG